UAAUAUUACAUAUCGAUUGCGUACAAAUCGAUGUAAAAAAGACCAUCACUAUUUUCAAGCUUUUUCGUUUAAAGUCUUUGAGGUGAAAUGGUUGAGUAUUUCAAUAUAGGCACUUGGAACUGUUUAGCUUAGGUCAGUUACUCCACAGAUAUUCAAAGCGAUAGAACCUAGUGAUGACAGAUCACACAACUAAAUCAAAAGUUAUUAAUUCUGAUGCAUCCGAAGUACCUUCUGUACAUAUUGAAAGACCCAGGGCAUGUCGAGGAAUUCCCCGAAUCAGAGAAGAAAUCAAUGCGACUACUUUUCCUGCAGUAUUGUGCAGAACAAUGUUAAAAAGCAAUAUACCUCCAGCUACCCCCAAAGGAGAUAUUUGGAUUUAUACACAACUUCUCUGUUUUCUCUAUCUUGAAAGGCUCGACACUCGUAAAAGAGUUUACCAUAUGUUCUUGUCGACCGAAAAGGAUGUGGAGGGCGACUUCAAAAAAAUUCGAAAAAAUUACGAAUAUCGCUGGGAUUUGAGGAUCGUAAAUCAAUUAACCGAAAACGCACUUGGUGCUCGUACCCUCUACGAAAGGGUUCAGAAAAUGUUUUCAAAAGCCAAGUGGAAUAAGGAGGGUAAUGUUUUUGAACUUGACAUGAUUGCAGAAACAGAUAUUUGGUCGAUUUCCAAAAGGUUAAAUGCAAUCAGAUCCGAGGAUGAUGAAAAACUAUUUAACUACAUAAAGUUUUUGAGCGUUAUGAAAAGUUUUUAAUAAUAUAUCAGGAACAUGAGAAUGAUAUUAAAGAAUAAAGAAAAAAAGCAAAUGAUCAAAACAUAAACUAUUUUUACCCUAUAUUUAAAAUUGAUUUUAUUUUAUAACCAUUCACAUGUCAACAAAUAAAAGUGACUGAGCUUUUAAUUUUAUCUCUUUGUGAAAUUAUUGGUAUAUAAGCCACCAUCUAGCAUUUUGAUUUCAGAGCUUCCACAGACUGUCUGAGAAGAAAGAACAAAACAUUUUUGAAACAUUUGCUAAGCCAUGGAAACGGAGGCUCAGAAAAUUAAUAGAUCCCCCAGUGGAAGUUCCAAACUUUCCCAGGCACCUGUGCUAAAUAUUUCAGGAAAGGUGGAACCAAUCCGAAAUUCUUUCCACAUUAAGGGUAAAAAGAAAUCGGAUCUUGAACCUCCUACAAUUCCUUCUGCUCUUGAACCGCUGAAAAUCAAUACAACUUCAUUUCCUGUGAUAAUCUCAAGAAUACUAUUAAAGAGUGAUAUACAACCUGGACCUAAUCCCAAAGUUAAUCCUGCGGACUUUGAGCAGAAUCUUUGUAUGUUGUGCAUGGUGAAACCUAUUUUAAAAAAGAGAGUAUAUCACUUAUUUAUUUCAAACAAAAAUGAUUUGGAACGUGACUAUGAAAAAGUUCGUCAAAUUUACGAGAAUAGAAAAGAUAUUAAAAUUUUGGGCCCAAUAACAUUGUAUCCCCUUUGUGCACGAUCAAUGUUCCACAGAGUUCAAAAUAAACUAACUUAUGUGAAGUGGAACAAGCAACGAAAUAUAUUCGAAACUGAAAGAGUUGGAGAAUGGGAACAUUGGAACAUUUCGCAGAGAUUGUAUCAGAUGGAACACGAGGAAAGGGAGAAGCUUUUAAAUUAUGCAAAGUUUUUAAGUGCCACAAAUAGUUGA